AUGACAGCGGAAAAGAGCGACUCAGUCAAAGAAAAAGGUAAUAAACAUUUUUUACAAAAGAAGUAUAAUGACGCCAUUCAGUGCUAUAAUUCGGCUAUACAACAAAGUGAAAAAGCUAUUUAUUAUGUAAAUCGUGCAUUAUGUUACAUUAAAUUAAAACAAUGGGAUAAAGUAUAUCUUGACUCUCGACACGCUUUGGAUCUUGAUUCGACAUAUAUCAAGGCUAAUUGUUACCUCGGUCAAUAUUAUUUGGAACAACAACGGUACGAUGAGGCCAUCUAUUAUUUUAAAUAUUCAUUAGAUUUAUCUAAAAUACAAAAUAAAAAUUUUGGUGAUGAAAUUAAUCGUCUAUUACGCAUUGCACAAAAAAAACGCUUUCUUCUACUUGAAAAUAAACGUAUUGAUUGUGAAAUUGAAUUACAAACUUAUUUAAAAACGUUAAUUACGGAAGAUAAAGAUAAAAAAAUUCAACAAAGAAUUGAAAAUUAUUUUCAUGAUAAACAGCAAGAGAAAAAUGGUGGUAGUAUGAAUGAUAACAAUUCCAAUGAGACUGCCAAACAUUACAAUAUCAAUGUGACACCAAGAGAAAAGGUAACAUCAUCACCAUUAACGGAAACAACAAAUGAAUCAUCAAAUAAUGGUGGAAAUAGUGGUUUAUCGUUAUUCAAACAAUAUUUAUCCAAAGUAAUUGGCCAUCAUAAUAAUGAAAUAUCAACGAGUCUAGGUAUGUGAAAUUAAGACAGUGAUUUUGUGUAGAUCAUCUUUCGUAAAUACAAAGCUGACGAGUAAUACUUUCUUGAACUAUCACAGAAUCAAAAAUACAAAAUCAUAUCAUGGUCUUUUCUACACAGUGUGAUUAAACCAAGGGGGAAAAAGCACCACUUCUCCACUACAAGUGAUUUUGAAGUGUCCAUGAAGUGAACUAGUGAAGUGGAAGAUAGAGACGAGUAAAUAAAUUAGAGAGAUGAUAACUGAUGUAUUUUUGCUUAUCGUGGCAAGCAAAAACAGGCAAAGCUUAAGCGCUAAGGAUUAGUUAAGGCCAAUCCACUUUUCAUGCAUGUAAUAAAUAAAACUGACG